AUGAUGCUGUUUUUUCAUGUGCUGAUGCUGUCGCUCCUCUCCAGUGGUUCACCCAAAGUUGUGCAGAAUUUUGAGAGUGAAUGUGAUGUUUUUUUUGCAAAUAAAAAAUCACCAACAGGAUUUCCUGUAAAACAAUAUGAGAAGAUCUGCCAAACUCUAAAUAAUGUUGUUUAUUAUGCCACACUCUAUGACACUGUCAGCAAGAUCCCUGUGUUCUCAGCCUACAAGUUUGAAGGACUAAAGGACUGCACAAGACUAAACAAAUGGUACAUUGAACCUCAACUUGACGACAAUGAUAAUGGAUCACAAGACAUGAAAUUCGAGAACUAUGUGAAUAUACAAGGACUUGGAAACCGUCAAGCUCUCAACAGCGACUAUAGUAUGUCUGAACAUGACAAAGGUCAUCUGGAACCAGUUUUCCAGGCAAACUCACAGGGCUGUGCUGAUGCCACCUUCACUCUCACCAAUGCUGCUCCACAAAACCCCUCUUUUAACCGAGGUCAGUGGAAGAAACUAGAAGGACAAAUGGCAAAACAUCUGUCCGAUCACUGUCUACCGAAAAAGUAUUCUGUUUACAUUGUGACAGGGGUCGUACCAGGUACUAAAAACAUAAAAAAUAGAGUGAUCGUGCCUAGCCAUUUUUGGACUGCAUACUGCUGCUUAGAUCAGAAUAACAAAUGUAAGAUUUCAAGUGGGUUUAUUGGAGAGAAUGAGAACAAUCCUCCUGAAGAAAAAACUGUGAAGAAUUUAGAGACACAGUUGGCAAACCUUUAUCAACUUGAUGAUAUUAACAUGAAAUCUGAGAACAAUGUGAAAAUACAAGGACUUGGAGACAAUCAAGCUCUCGAUAAAUACUAUGAGAACUCUGGCUAUGACCGAGAUCAUCUGGCACCAGUCUACCAGGCAAACUCACAGCUGUGCUGA